CGAGUUGGUCGCGUCGCAGUUGCUUGUUGUUGUUUCUCACUUGUCGUUUAACAUGGUUUGACGAAGCAAGUUGUUUUCGGGAACAAGCUGCUAAUAUCAUGGGGAAGAAAGAUAGGGGAGAUCGGGAGAGGAAGUCUUCUAAGAAGCGUGUGUAUGACGAAGAGGAGGAUGAGGAGGAGGCGAUGGGCAGUGAGUCCCAGGAGGCCAUCCCUGCAGCGGCCGGUAAAACGGUGGAUGAGUCGGCCAUCAAGCUGGACGAGUACGGUGCUAAAGACUACCGGCUGCAGAUGUUGCUGAAGAACGACCACGGAUCACGACCUCUCUGGGUGGCUCCAGAUGGACACAUCUUCCUGGAAGCCUUCUCUCCGGUGUAUAAGUAUGCCCAGGACUUCCUGGUAGCCAUAGCAGAGCCAGUGUGUCGUCCGGUCCACGUUCACGAGUACAAGCUGACAGCCUACUCCCUCUACGCUGCAGUGAGCGUCGGCCUACAGACCUCAGACAUCGUGGAGUAUCUCCAGAAACUCAGCAAGACAUCUGUACCGGACGGCAUCGUGCAGUUCAUCAAGGUCAGUUAG